AUGGACAUUACCAAUGAUCGGUUCAAGUCCGAGGCGCUGAAGAUCAUCAAGGAGAUCUCGGAUAGUCACUUCGUCGCGUUUGAUUGCGAGUUCUCUGGUAUCACAGGACGAAGAGAGAGAGGCAGUGGCAAACUAACACUUCAGGAGUUCUACGAUGACACAAAGGCUGCUGCCGAGGAGUAUCAAGUUCUUCAGGUUGGUCUUGCGAUCGUCAAAGAAGAUCUCAAGAAGAAGCGCUAUAUCAUCCGUCCUUACAACUUCACUAUCUCACCAAUUCCCACAUUGCGGGAGCGCAUAUUCGUUCGAAAAUGGUCUUCAUCAAGUGGCUCGAUGGACUUUCUAGCAGGACACGGCUUCAGACACGAUCUACCAUUCACUAGUGGUGUCAAGUAUCUAUCUCGCAGUGAGGAGUCGACUGUGCGCGCUAAAAUUAUCGCAAACGAUGAAAAGAAAAUCGAGUACGCCGACAUGGAGAUCAAAGCCAGAGACCGGGACGUUGCCGACCACAUCCGGACAUCCAUUCAAGCAUGGCUUGCCCAACCGGAGGAUCAACGCGAGGAUUAUCUCAACCUUCCUGGCGAAGGUCCAGGCAUUCCGACCACAUUCAAUGGCUUCCAAGUCCGCCUCACUCAUCAAAUCGCCCGUAAUGAGUUUACCGGAAUCGAGACCAGAGGUAUGGGUCACUUUGUCCAGGUCACCGCUCCAACGGAGCAGGAACAAGCAACACGUCGGCAGAUAAUGAUUGACGAGCGCGAGAGCAAGUUGAACAACGCCAUUGGCUUUCGCUGGAUAGUUGAAGCUCUCUUCGGCGGAAACAUACUGGACAUGCCAUAUGAUAUCAUCACCGCAGGUCUUCCACACGUCAAUCUCGGCGGCCAGACAGCCGAAGAGUACAUCGCAUCACUGCAAGAGAAGCUUCGCAAGCGCAACAAGGUUCUGGUCGGUCACAACUGCUUCGGAGAUCUGGUGUAUCUAUACGCGUGCUUCAUUGGACCGCUUCCAGAGCGCGUGGAGGAUUUCGCGGCCGAGAUCAACAUGCUUUGCCCAGCAAUUGUCGAUACUAAGCACCUGGCCUCCUUCACCAAUCGCUGGGGUGACACAAGUCUCGCUGUGGUCGAACAAGAGAUGCAGGAGGAGGAGGUCCCUCAUAUAAUCAUGCCAUCCGAAUACGAUCGCUAUGCUCACCAGGCCACCUACCACGAGGCAGGCUUCGACGCGUUGCUCACAGCCAAAAUCAUGAUUCGGCUGCCAGCCAAGCUGGAGCGGGAACAGAAGUAUAUUGAUGCUGCCAAGGAUAUCACGGCUGCUACUGCUGCCUACGAUGGCGAGAUGUUCGGCGAGGAGGACGCUGGCUACGUGACAGCUAGCGAGUCGACGGAGGAGGGGUUGGGAGAGAAGUUGGCGAAGCAGCUGGAGAAGAUCAACAUCUUCGGCUCUCCUGGCAAGGCGGAUGCGGGCUCUGCUGUGCUCGACGAGGAGAUCGCCGCCAUGGUCAAGCGAGGCGAGAUCAUGCCGCGGUGGAAUGCGCAGAACGGCUUUUGGAAGCUGUUCGGAAACAGAAUGCAGACCAACCCCGCGAAAGAGGGAAUUGCGUUCUUGAAGUAG